AAGGCAGGAGGCAGAGCGCGGCCCUGCGUCAGAGCGAGACUCAGAGGCUCCGAACUCGCCGGCGGAGUCGCCGCGCCAGAUCCCAGCAGCAGGGCGCGGGCACCGGGGCGCGGGCAGGGCUCGGAGCCACCGCGCAGGUCCUAGGGCCGCGGCCGGGCCCCGCCACGCGCGCACACGCCCCUCGAUGACUUUCCUCCGGGGCGCGCGGCGCUGAGCCCGGGGCGAGGGCUCUCUUCCCGGAGACCCGACCUCGGCAGCGCGGGGCGCCCGCUCCUCCUGUGCCUCCGCCCGCCGCUCCGCUCCCCGCCGCCGCCGCGCGGAUGCCAAGCACCAGCUUUCCAGUCCCUUCCAAGUUUCCACUUGGCCCUGCGGCUGCGGUCUUCGGGAGAGGAGAAACUUUGGGGCCCGCGCCGCGCGCCGGCGGCACCAUGAAGUCAGCGGAGGAAGAACACUAUGGCUAUGCAUCCUCCAACGUCAGCCCUGCCCUGCCGCUCCCCACAGCGCACUCCACCCUGCCGGCCCCGUGCCACAACCUUCAGACCUCCACACCGGGCAUCAUCCCGCCGGCGGAUCACCCCUCGGGGUACGGAGCAGCUUUGGACGGUGGGCCCGCGGGCUACUUCCUCUCCUCCGGCCACACCAGGCCUGAUGGGGCCCCUGCCCUGGAGAGUCCUCGCAUCGAGAUAACCUCGUGCUUGGGCCUGUACCACAACAAUAACCAGUUUUUCCACGACGUGGAGGUGGAAGACGUCCUCCCUAGCUCCAAACGGUCCCCCUCCACGGCCACGCUGAGUCUGCCCAGCCUGGAGGCCUACAGAGACCCCUCGUGCCUGAGCCCGGCCAGCAGCCUGUCCUCCCGCAGCUGCAACUCGGAGGCCUCCUCCUACGAGUCCAACUACUCGUACCCGUACGUGUCCCCCCAGACGUCGCCAUGGCAGUCUCCCUGCGUGUCUCCCAAGACCACGGACCCCGAGGAGGGCUUUCCCCGCGGGCUGGGGGCCUGCACACUGCUGGGUUCCCCGCGGCACUCCCCCUCCACCUCGCCCCGCGCCAGCGUCACUGAGGAGAGCUGGCUGGGUGCCCGCUCCUCCAGGCCCGCGUCCCCGUGCAACAAGAGGAAGUACAGCCUCAACGGCCGGCAGCCGCCCUACUCACCCCACCACUCGCCCACGCCGUCCCCGCACGGCUCCCCGCGGGUCAGCGUGACCGACGACUCGUGGUUGGGCAACACCACCCAGUACACCAGCUCGGCCAUCGUGGCCGCCAUCAACGCGCUGACCACUGACAGCAGCCUGGACCUGGGUGAUGGCGUCCCUGUCAAGUCCCGCAAGACCACCCUGGAGCAGCCGCCCUCAGUGGCGCUCAAGGUGGAGCCCGUCGGGGAGGACCUGGGCAGCCCCCCGCCCCCGGCCGACUUCGCGCCCGAAGACUUCUCCUCUUUCCAGCACAUCAGGAAGGGCGGCUUCUGCGACCAGUACCUGGCGGUGCCGCAGCACCCCUACCAGUGGGCGAAGCCCAAGCCCCUGUCCCCUACGUCCUACAUGAGCCCGACCCUGCCCGCCCUGGACUGGCAGCUGCCGUCCCACUCAGGCCCGUAUGAGCUUCGGAUUGAGGUGCAGCCCAAGUCCCACCACCGAGCCCACUACGAGACGGAGGGCAGCCGGGGGGCCGUGAAGGCGUCGGCCGGAGGACACCCCAUCGUGCAGCUGCACGGCUACUUGGAGAAUGAGCCGCUGAUGCUGCAGCUUUUCAUUGGGACGGCGGACGACCGCCUGCUGCGCCCGCACGCCUUCUACCAGGUGCACCGCAUCACAGGGAAGACCGUGUCCACCACCAGCCACGAGGCCAUCCUCUCCAACACCAAAGUCCUGGAGAUCCCACUCCUGCCGGAGAACAGCAUGCGAGCCGUCAUUGACUGUGCCGGAAUCCUGAAACUCAGAAACUCCGACAUUGAACUUCGGAAAGGAGAGACGGACAUCGGGAGGAAGAACACACGGGUACGGCUGGUGUUCCGCGUUCACGUCCCGCAGCCCAGCGGCCGCACGCUGUCCCUGCAGGUGGCCUCCAACCCCAUCGAAUGCUCCCAGCGCUCAGCUCAGGAGCUGCCUCUGGUGGAGAAGCAGAGCACGGACAGCUAUCCGGUCGUGGGCGGGAAGAAGAUGGUCCUGUCCGGCCACAACUUCCUGCAGGACUCCAAGGUCAUUUUCGUGGAGAAAGCCCCAGAUGGCCACCACGUCUGGGAGAUGGAGGCGAAAACUGACCGGGACCUGUGCAAGCCGAAUUCUCUGGUGGUUGAGAUCCCGCCGUUUCGGAAUCAGAGGAUAACCAGCCCCGUUCACGUCAGUUUCUACGUCUGCAACGGGAAGAGAAAGCGAAGCCAGUACCAGCGUUUCACCUACCUUCCCGCCAACGUUCCAAUUAUAAAAACAGAACCCACUGAUGAUUAUGAGCCUGCUCCAACCUGUGGACCGGUGAGCCAGGGGUUAAGUCCUCUCCCAAGACCAUACUACAGCCAGCAGCUCGCGAUGCCACCCGACCCCAGCUCCUGCCUCGUGGCCGGCUUCCCGCCCUGUCCGCAGAGAAGCACCCUGAUGCCAGCGGCCCCCGGCGUGAGCCCCAAGCUCCACGACCUUUCUCCCACUGCCUACACCAAGGGCGUUGCCAGCCCGGGCCACUGUCACCUCGGACUCCCGCAGCCGGCCGGAGAGGCCCCCGCCGUCCAGGACGUGCCCAGGCCAGUGGCCACGCACCCCGGCUCGCCCGGGCAGCCACCCCCGGCCCUGCUGCCACAGCAGGUGAGUGCGCCUCCAAGCAGUAGCUGCCCCCCUGGUCUCGAACACUCACUCUGCCCCAGCAGCCCCUCUCCUCCACUCCCGCCCGCCACCCAAGAGCCGACCUGCCUGCAGCCCUGCAGCCCAGCGUGCCCGCCCGCCACGGGCCGCCCGCAGCACCCGCCGUCCACGGUCCGCAGGGACGAGUCUCCGACCGCCCGGCCACGGCUGCUGCCAGAGGCGCAUGAGGACGGUAGUCCUAAUUUGGCCCCUAUUCCUGUAACCGUCAAGCGAGAGCCUGAAGAGUUGGACCAGUUGUACCUGGAUGACGUAAAUGAAAUAAUACGAAAUGACCUCUCCAGCACGAGCACCCACUCCUAGUUGCCUGGAGCACUCAGUUCAGCAGGGGUAUGCUGACUUCAGCAGACAAAGACUUUUGAAUAAAUAAACUGAACGCACACCUGGUACCACUCAGAACCUCCAACUGACUGAAUGCCAGGAGCUGAACAUUAAUAUGUGCAAAGAUUGGCUCUCCAACAAGAAGGAAAGCAGGGAGGAAGGGAGACCAGUGUGUCUCCUGGAGGAGAAGUCAUCUCAUGACAACAGAAGGGAGGUGGCCGGGCUGAGCACGGGAGACCCACCGUGCAGGGGCCUUUCAUGGGAACGGCCCACAAGCAGUUUGACCCCAUGCCCAGCCCUUCUGGCACCCCUGGGGUUCAAUACUGGAAGUGCCUUAUUUAACCAGACCAUCAGGGCAUCAUAGAAUUGAGCAUUGAAUUUGCUACUGUAGGAGUAUUUGUAGGAGCAGAAACUGCAAACACAUUUCAUUGUGAGGUUUUACCCUCUGUAUGAACGAAGAGAAUGCUGGCAGGCUGCAAGAGGACUCUAGUAUGAGUCUCCAACAUUUGGAACGUUUCCUGGGCUGUCACGUACACUCCUGCUGCCUUACACAGUGCAUUUUAGAAUCUUCCAGUCUGUCAUCUCAGCUCUUUUGUAACACGCUUCCCUUGUCUGCGCGGUUGAAACCGUAGGCUUGUUCAUAGUCGCAUGCUCGCAUCUUUGUUUUUAAUCUGGCUUCGAACAUAGCACAAGUAAGUUGAAUAGCACAUCAAUAGGUUACUGGACAAAAGCAGAAAAACCUGUUACAGGAUAGCCUGCAUUUGCAUGUGUGUACAUAUCUAGGCAUCUAUUUAUGUAUAAAUAAUAACAGAGCCGACGUGUCCUCGCCCGGGAGGGCUUCCCUGUCAGCAAUAACCGGCAUCCGUUUUGGAACCUGCGUCUGGGGCUCCAGGCGCUGGUCUUGCUGGCGUCCAUCGCCGCCUCGGACGGCCGUGCGUUUUCUCGUCUCACGCAGUUCGAGGAGGACCCUAGAAAGCCAGGUGCUGUGAUUCACAGUAGCUGUAGGUUACCAGCCGGCAACAUUAGAAAGUGAUUGUAAAUAACAUGCAACCUAAGUGUAAUAUAUUUGUUCAGUUAUAAGAUGAUUGUUUCACAGAAGCCUUACCACUCUCUGCUUCAUCUAAGAAAACCAAUACCAAAAACGCCACUUUAAUGCUCAGCCCUGCGUCGUGUGUUUUCAGAUGAGUUACUGUUAACAGGUAGGUUCGUGUAGGCCUUGCUGGGCACUCUGUACAAUUAAUUGCUUAUUACGUAUGAUUACUCGCAGCGAUCUAUUGUUCCAUAUAACCAAAAAGCAUGGUUUAUUCAUUAAAACACGGUUGACCUGAACUCGUGCCUUAGGAAUUAAUGCCCCCUUAUGGAACCUGCCUGAAUUGCACCUGCGGGUGGAGGCUCCGGCUGUGAAGUCACUGAACAGAACAUCGCUGAUGGAGAAAGGGCUCCCGCAGAAGGAACGGCCUGUACCGUGCGCUCCGGCACAAUCGCGUCUCUUGUGUCUCACUCACGGAAAGAAACAACCUGAAGGCCAUCCCGUCGGUCUGCACGUAACCGUGAAGACGUGUGGCCGCGUCCCACCUGCGGCUGGGUACCCUGCACCCGGCACUGUAGGAGUCACGUGCAGCCUUUCUCAGGGGACUGUCAUCGAAAAGGAAACGUUUGAUGUCUGUGUCAGCUGUCUUUGUAGUUAGGAAAUAGAUCCAAUAAAGCCGUAUUUUUUUGCUGGA